AAUUAAUCUUUACGCUUCUCUCUCUGCAAUUACUCCUUAAGAGCAUAUCUUUCUAGAAUAUUGAGUAUUGCUGACUUAAGCGUCAGAGUGUUUUCCCGAGAAAACAACCUCGGGAUUUUCAGGGAAGCAACGCAAUUACGCAAGGUCUCAGAAUAUUAUAAAAAGCAGGAAAGGCUCCUUGAAGGGUUCAAUGAAAUGGAGAUCAUGGCUGAAACUGGUUGUUUCCCUGGAAGUCUAACAGAGGAUGAGAUGAAGCGACUUGCAAAAAGUGAGAGACUGGCUGUUCAUGCAUCUAACAUAGCUAAUGUGGUGCUUUUCGCGGCAAAGGUCUAUGCUUCAGUUGAGAGUAAAUCAAUGGCAGGUAUUGCCUCAACUUUAGAUUCGCUGUUGGAUCUCUUGUCAGGGUUUAUUUUGUGGUUUACUGCAUAUGCCAUGAAGAAACCUAACCAUUACCACCAUCCAAUUGGAAAGAAACGAAUGCAACCUGUGGGCAUCAUUGUCUUUGCAUCAAUAAUGGCAACUCUUGGACUACAAAUAAUUCUUGAGUCUGUCCGAGAACUCAUUUCUAAGUCUGGCCCUGAGAUGAGCAAGGAGCAGGAGGAAUGGAUGAUUGGGAUCAUGGUUUCUGUCACGGUAGUAAAGUUCUUUCUCAUGGUUUACUGCCGGCAAUUCAAUAAUGAAAUCGUCAGAACCUAUGCACAAGAUCACUUCUUUGAUGUGAUUACUAAUUCCCUUGGUCUAGCUACGGCUGUCCUAGCUGUUCACGUCCGCUGGUGGAUUGAUCCUACUGGAGCCAUAAUAAUAGCAUUGUACACAAUUAGCACAUGGGCCAAGACAGUGCUGGAGAACGUAUGGUCAUUGAUUGGAAGAACAGCUCCGCCCGAGUUCAUAUCAAAGUUAACUUAUCUAGUAUGGAACCACCACGAGGACAUCCGACACAUUGACACAGUUAGACCAUACACUUUCGGUUCUCAUUACUUUGUAGAGGUAGACGUAGUCCUGCAUGAAGAUAUGUUCCUAAGCAAGGCACACAACAUCGGUGAGACACUGCACGAGAAGCUAGAGCAACUGCCUCAAGUUGAGCGCGCCUUUGUGCAUAUUGAUUUCGAGUUCACUCACAGGCCUGAACACAAGACCUAGGCGUGAUGUUCCCAUUUUAUGUCUACUUUUUGUGAAUGUUGUAAUUACCGAAUGAAUUGCAUUAUUUUUA